AUGACUUCGAACGACGGUAAUGUAACUAAAGGGAAGGAUACAAAUUCACAAACUCUAAAUUCAUUAGAGUCCGAGAAUUCAUCCAAUUUUAUCAAUACAAUUAAUAUCAACGAUAAUUAUUCUGAGGCAACUCUCAAUAUAUUACAAAAUGACCUUAAUUUUGACGAAAGUCUAGUAUCAACUAAAUCAGAACAAAAGUGCUACCAUUUUCAAAGUUCAAAACUGAAUUCAUCAGCAAAUUCUCCAAUUACAUUUACUAAUCCAUUCCUUCAUGCUUCCUUAAAUUCUUCACCUCAAUUAUCGACUUCACGAUUAUCAACUUCACGUUACAAUUCUACAACAAAUUCCGUUACUCCAAUCAUUCAAAGAAAUCCUUCAAUGACUUCUCAAAUCAAAAAUUCUAUAACAACUAGAAUGAAUGCUAUAAAUAAUUUUGUAAAAAGUUUUCGAGAUUUUAUCAGGGGUCGUAAACCAGACGUUUUAAGUCGUGAAUUCUUAAUAGAUCCUGAUCAUAAAGGGCCUAUUUUAGAUGCUCAAACAAACACUCCUUAUGUAAAUAAUUCAAUUACUACAUCUCGAUAUACGUUUUACAACUUUCUUCCAAAACAACUUUAUGCUCAAUUUUCCAGAGCUGCGAAUCUUUACUUUUUAUUUAUGGCCACUCUUCAGAUCAUACCAGAUUGGUCUCCUACUGGUCAAUUUACAACAUUGGUUCCUUUAAGUAUAUUCAUUUCUUUAUCUAUUGCUCGUGAAGGUUUUGAUGAUUAUCGAAGACAUAGGCAAGAUUUUGCUGAGAAUAAUAAAGAGUGCACUGUAUUACGUAUAUAUAAUCCAAAUGGUCGAUUUGCCAUACCAACAAAGAUUAAAUGGAAAGAUUUAAGAGUUGGUGAUCUGGUAUUAAUCAAGGCUCAAGAAUGGGUUCCUGCUGAUUUAUUAUUACUUUCUUCUAAGGGUGAAAAUGGUGUAUGUUAUAUUGAAACUGCUGCUUUGGAUGGUGAAACAAAUUUAAAGCAACGUAAAGCUUUAGAAGAAACAAAUUCAAUGUUGAAUUCUCCUGACUCACUAUCAGAGUUUAGAGGAAAAUUAUGUGCUAAAGGUCCCGAUCAAGAUUUAUAUAAUUUUGACGGUUACUUGGAAUUCAAUGGCAAAAAUUUACAAUUAUCCAAUAAUCAAAUCUUAUUAAGAGGUACUAUAUUACGCAACACUCCAGAAAUUUAUGGUCUAGUGAUUUUUACCGGUGAAGAAACAAAACUUCGUAUGAAUGCAUCCAAAAAUAUUCGAACAAAAGCUCCUAAUAUGCAAAAAAUAAUGAAUCGUGUUAUUUUUAUCCUUUUAUUCUUUGUCCUUUUAUUGGCUGCUACUUGCACUUAUAUGUCUGCAAAUUGGAUAAGACGUGGCAAAGAUAGUAAUUGGUACUUGAGAGGAAAUACUCGUGAUAUGGUUACCGUAUUUUUUUCUUUCUUGAUUAUUUUCAACACCAUGAUACCAAUAUCUUUAUAUGUCACUAUGGAAGUUGUUAAACUUGCUCAAAUUUAUUUUAUAAAUAAUGACAUACGAAUGUAUAAUGAAGAAACUGAUACUCCAGCUGAAUCUCGUACCUCUACUAUUAAUGAAGAUUUAGGUCAGGUUAAAUAUGUGUUUACUGAUAAGACUGGUACUUUGACUGAAAAUAUCAUGUUAUUCAGACAAUUGAGCGUUUGUGGUCAAAAAUUUUUACAUGAUAAGGAUGGUAAUAGAAUUGACACUGAAGAUUUAUUAAAGAUGUUAUCUAUAUCUUUACCGAUUUCAAAGAAAGCAAUAACUUCAAUUUUAACUUCAAAACGACAAAAGAAUAAUACUCAUUAUUCAGAAGAUCUUAAUGAUGAAAUCAUACCAACAGCUUCAGUAACUCGUCAAAAUUCUGUAACCAGCAACAAUUUUUCUAUGAUUGCUCCACGUUCUUCAACUCCUUCUUCUUACUCAAUGAAAUCUAAGAAAUUAUUAAAUGAUCAAUCAAUUUUAAACACUCUUGAUUUAUUAACUUUAAUACAUUAUCUACCAAAUACAAUCUUUGAUCAACGUGCUAAAUUUUUCUUACUUGCCAUGUCCUUAUGUCACACGUGUGUGCCGGAAUUUGAUAAUGAAACUGAUGAUGUAAUUUAUCAAGCUGCUUCACCUGAUGAAUUUGCUAUUGCCAAUGCUUCUAAAGAUUUGGGUUAUAUCAUGACGGAUCGCUCUAUGGGAAAGAUUUCACUUAAAAUAAAUGAUCUUGUACCUAAUAUGUCUGAUGAAAACAAUAGUUUAAAUCAAGAUUUUCAAAUAUUGAAUAUAUUAGAAUUUUCAAGUAAACGUAAGAGAAUGUCUGUAAUAUAUAGACUUCCUGAUGGUAGAAUUUGUUUAUUUUGUAAAGACAAAACAACAGAUUUAUAUUCCGUAUUAGAUGAUAAUUGGAUAUGUCAACAAACUAUACGACAUCUUCAUGAAUUCGCAAUAGAAGGUCUUCGAACUUUAUUAUAUGCUCAUCGUUUUAUUGAAGAAGAUGAAUAUUUAUCAUGGAAUAAACAAUUUCAAGAAGCUUUAAAUUUAUUGAUAAAUAAACGGGAAAAAAUUGAUGAAUUAGCUGAAUUAAUAGAACGUGAUUUGGAAAUUACUGGUGCAACUGCUAUUGAAGAUAAAUUACAACGUGGUGUACCUGAAACUAUUGAUAAAUUACGUUUGGCUGGUAUUAAAGUUUGGAUGUUGACUGGUGAUAAACGUGAAACUGCAAUAAAUAUUGGUCAUUCUUGUUCAAUUAUAAAAGAUCAUUCAAUAUUAAUAAAUAUUGAUCAAACUACUGAUCUUAUAACAAUUUCAAAUUUAUUAAAAGAUGUUAAAAAUCAUAUGGUAAUAGUUAUAGAUGGUGAAUCUUUAAUGAAAAUCGAACAAGAUCUUUUACUCAUGGAUUUAUUUUUAGAUUUAGGAUUAAAAUGUGACGCUUUAAUAUGUUGUCGUGCAAGUCCAUCUCAAAAAGCUCUUUUAGUUCGUAGUAUUAGAGAAAAAUCAAAAGAUUCCGUUGUAACUUUAGCAAUUGGUGAUGGUGCAAAUGAUAUUGCAAUGAUACAAGAAGCUCAUGUAGGAAUAGGAAUAACUGGUCGUGAAGGUUUACAAGCUGCAAGAUCAAGUGAUUAUUCAAUUUCACAAUUUAGAUUCUUGGAAAAUCUUUUAUUCGUUCAUGGUCGAUGGUCUUAUAUUCGAGUAUCAAAAUUUGCAUUAGGAACUUUAUAUAAAUGUAUGUGCUUUUAUUUAACCCAAGGAUUAUUUCAAUUAUUUGCUGCUUUUUCCGGUUCUAGUUUAUAUGAACAAUGGUCACUUGCUUCUUAUAAUACUUUAUUUUCUUCAUUACCCGUAAUGGUUAUUGGAAUAUUUGAAAAAGAUUUAAAUUAUGAUACAUUAAUGGAAAUUCCAAGACUUUAUAAAAUUGGUCAAGAAAAUAAUCAAUUUAAUAUUAAAAUAUUUUUUUCUUGGAUGUUUGGAGCUAUAUGUCACGCUAUAUCUAUAGUAUCUAUACCAAUAUUAUUACAUGGAUUUUUUCAUAAUUAUGAAAUUAGAGUUGGUGGAUCUCCUCAAAUCUUUGAAUUAGGAAUGGUUAUUUAUACAUGUAUUGUAUUUGUAGUAACAAUUCAUAUCUCUUAUUUACAAUCUCAUAAUUGGACCGGUGUUUCUCAUUUUACUUCAUUUAUAAUGAUAUGUGGUUGGUUUGCUUAUCAAGUUAUGUAUUCUUAUGCAUAUCCAAUUGAUAAUAAAUCUGCCAUGUAUGAUGUUAGAGGUGUAUUUCAAAGAGUUGGGAAUAAAACUACUUUUUGGUCUACUGUAUUAUUGACAGUAUCAUUUGCUUUAAUUCCUCAUUUUAUUCUUAAAAUUUUUAGAAAUUUAAUUAAAUCUACCGAUGUAGAAUUUUAUCAAGAAGCUGAAAAAGAUCCACAAUAUUUAAAAAAACUUAUAGAAUGUGAAAAUUUAGAUUAUGAAAAUUUCGAUAAUGAAGAUUCGCAUAAAUUUAAUAUUGAAGAAAAAGAUGAUACAAAAUUUGAUAUUAAUCAAAAUUUCAAUUCUUCAUUGGAAAAACGUAAUUCUUCACUUAUAGCACAUUAUCAAUAUUCCUCUUCUUCAACGUCGAUCAUUGACGGUAAUAUUGAUGGAAAUAUGGCACAAAUGGUUUUUUCACAAAUAACUUGUUAUGAGAGAAAAGGAUGUCGAAAAAUAUAA